AAAAACGUUUGAGCCGAGGUCUCGCGAGAACAUUUCUUUCCUUCGCAGUUCUCGCUCAGCAGCUUCAUUCUCGUCGCAACGAGAUCUUUCGAGAUCUUCUCCGCCCCCGCUACCCGGCUCCUCCAGUGUGGCCGCUCUGCCGGAGCCGGCCUGGGCAGCACGCUCUGCAGCGGAUCCAUUUAAGAGGCCCUAGGCCCUCGCGUGGGCACUCCCACGUCCCCACUAGCACCGGUUCCCUGGCCUACGCGGCCCGCUCUCCGCGCUCCAAGCCCACCGCGGUCUGUGUCUUGUCUCGCCGGCCGGACCCGGGCUCGAGCCCGAGCUUUAGCUGGCGCCAUGUCGGUGGUAGGCAUAGACCUCGGCUUCCAGAGCUGCUACGUUGCUGUGGCACGCGCCGGCGGCAUCGAGACCAUAGCUAAUGAGUACAGCGAUCGCUGCACGCCGGCCUGCAUUUCUUUUGGUCCUAAGAAUCGUUCAAUUGGAGCAGCAGCUAAAAGCCAGAUCAUUUCCAAUGCGAAGAACACAGUCCAGGGGUUCAAAAGAUUCCAUGGCCGGGCAUUCUCUGACCCGUUUGUGGAGGCAGAAAGGUCUGGCCUUGCAUAUGAUAUCGUGCAGUUACCUACUGGAUUAACAGGUUUAAAGGUGAGAUACAUGGAGGAAGAGCGGAGUUUUACCACGGAGCAGGUGACCGCUAUGCUCCUGUCCAAACUGAAGGAGACAGCAGAGAGCGUCCUCAAAAAGCCUGUUGUGGACUGUGUGGUCUCGGUUCCUGGUUUCUAUACUGACGCAGAAAGACGGUCGGUGAUGGAUGCAACACAGAUCGCUGGUCUCAACUGCCUGCGAUUGAUGAAUGACACAACUGCAGUUGCUCUUGCGUAUGGAAUCUAUAAGCAAGAUCUCCCUGCAUUAGAAGAGAAACCAAGAAAUGUAGUUUUUGUAGACAUGGGGCAUUCUUCUUAUCAAGUUUCUGUAUGUGCAUUUAAUAGAGGAAAGCUUAAAGUUCUCGCCACUGCAUUUGAUACAACUCUGGGAGGCAGGAAAUUUGAUGAGGUGUUAGUAAAUCACUUCUGUGAAGAAUUCGGAAAGAAGUACAAACUAGACAUAAAGUCCAAAAUCCGUGCAUUGUUGCGACUGUCUCAGGAGUGUGAGAAGCUCAAGAAAUUGAUGAGCGCAAAUGCGUCCGACCUCCCUUUGAGCAUUGAGUGUUUUAUGAAUGAUGUCGACGUGUCAGGAACUAUGAAUAGAGGCAAAUUUCUGGAGAUGUGUGAUGAUCUCUUAGCCAGAGUGGAGCCGCCACUUCGUAGUGUUUUGGAACAAGCCAAGUUAAAGAAAGAAGAUAUUUAUGCAGUGGAGAUAGUUGGCGGUGCAACUCGAAUCCCCGCGGUAAAAGAGAAGAUCAGCAAAUUCUUCGGUAAAGAGCUCAGCACAACUUUGAAUGCUGACGAAGCCGUCACUCGAGGCUGUGCGCUGCAGUGUGCAAUCUUAUCGCCUGCUUUCAAAGUCAGAGAAUUUUCUAUCACUGACGUAGUACCAUAUCCAAUAUCUCUGAGAUGGAAUUCUCCAGCUGAAGAAGGGUCAAGUGACUGUGAAGUCUUUUCAAAAAAUCACUCUGCUCCAUUCUCUAAAGUACUCACGUUUUAUAGAAAGGAGCCUUUCACUCUUGAGGCCUAUUACAGCUGUCCUCAGGAUCUGCCCUAUCCAGACCCUGCUAUAGCUCAGUUUUCCGUUCAGAAAGUCACUCCUCAGUCCGAUGGCUCCAGCUCAAAAGUCAAAGUCAAGGUUCGAGUCAAUGUCCAUGGCAUUUUCAGUGUGUCCAGUGCAUCCCUGGUGGAAGUGCACAAGUUUGAGGAAAACGAGGAGCCAAUGGAAACUGAUCAGAAUGCAAAGGAGGAAGAGAAGAUGCAAGUGGACCAAGAGGAACCGCAUGUCGAAGAGCAGCCGCAGCAGAUGCCAGCAGAAAAUAAGGCCGAGUCAGAAGAAAUGGAGACCUCCCAAGCUGGAUCAAAAGACAAGAAGAUGGAUCAGCCACCUCAAGCCAAGAAGGCAAAAGUGAAGACCAGCACCGUGGACCUGCCAAUUGAGAACCAGCUGUUAUGGCAGAUAGACAGAGAGAUGCUCAACUUGUAUAUUGAAAAUGAGGGUAAGAUGAUCAUGCAGGAUAAACUGGAGAAGGAGCGAAACGACGCUAAGAACGCAGUGGAAGAGUAUGUGUAUGAAAUGCGAGACAAGCUCAGCGGUGAAUACGAGAAGUUUGUGAGUGAGGAUGAUCGUAACAGUUUUACCUUGAAACUAGAAGAUACCGAAAACUGGUUGUAUGAGGACGGAGAAGACCAGCCAAAGCAAGUUUACGUCGACAAAUUGGCUGAGUUAAAAAAUCUAGGUCAGCCUAUUAAGAUAAGAUUCCAGGAAUCCGAAGAAAGACCAAAAUUGUUUGAAGAACUAGGGAAACAAAUCCAGCAGUAUAUGAAAGUAAUCAGCUCAUUCAAAAACAAGGAGGACCAGUACGACCACCUGGACGCUGCUGACGUGACGAAGGUGGAGAAGAGCACGAACGAGGCCAUGGAGUGGAUGAACAAGAAGCUGAACCUGCAGAACAAGCAGAGUCUGGCCCUGGAUCCGGUUGUCAAGACAAAGGACAUUGAAGCUAAAAUUAAGGAGCUGAUGAGUAUCUGUAACCCUAUAAUUUCAAAGCCCAAACCCAAAGUGGAACCUCCAAAGGAGGAGCAGAGUAAUGCCGAGCAGAACGGACCAGUGGACGGACAAGGAGACAGCCCCGGCACGCAGGCCGCCGGGCAGGGCCCAGACUCUGCUGUGCCAUCGGAUUCAGACAAGAAGCUUCCUGAGAUGGACAUUGAUUGAUUCCAACAGUUGUUUAUAUUAAAACAGACUAUUAUAAAGCUUUAAGUUGUCAACUUUGUUCUGAACAUCAACUAGAGCAAUCUAAUACUGGACAUUUCUUAGUUUUUAGGGGAUUUUGGGGGAAGGGAUAUAGGUAAUGUAUGGAGCAUUUUGACUUCUAAAUAGUUAGGUACAGAAAUUAAGUGCAUUCUAUCUUUUUCAUAAUGGUACUAUUUAGAAGUCCAGUUAGUCUUACUGAGCUUAUGCUUCACUCCUUUUGUGUUUAAAUCAUGCUUCUACAAAGACAAGCUUGUUCAGGGAAGUUGAGCUCUAGCAGAAACAAUGACUGGCCACCAGGCAGACCGCUUAUUAGGAUGUAAGCGACAGGACCUGUAACUGUGCCCCAGAAGUUUAUGGUGGGGAUCGCCAUGGAGUCCCCCGCCUGGCCUGGGGUGGGGCCUCCUUCUUCCUGGGGGCCGGAGCGUGGCAUGGCAUGGGCUAACAGCACAACACAGGUGUGUUCUGAGCCACUUUCCAGUCCCAGUGCGUUUCUGCUUCACUUCCACUCCCACCCUGUUCUUAGCCCCCACUCCCAGUAAAGGGGCUCCCAUUACAGGUGCCAUGUGCCGCCCCCCCGGGAAAACAGGCCCUCACUGGAGCGAGCUGUUGACUGAGGAUCUUAGACCUGGAUGCCCUUCCUGGGGAAGCACGUUCCUGAAAGUAUGUUUCAUUGAUUACAGGCAUGAUAGAUUUACCCGAGGAGUUGAUUCUUGUUCAUUAUGGUGUAAAGAUUUGUAUCCUGGCCUGCGCGUUCGGCUGAGAGAUGUUCUGUAAAUUUGAGGUAUAUCUUGUAGUCCCAGGACCAGAGUUUUUUGUUUGUUUGUUUCUUUUUUUAAAGCUCAUUCACAAUCACUUGUGUGUUGUGUUAAUAUCUGUCAUGAAUCUGCCAAUUUUGUAUGUGUUAACAGCUGACAGAUCAUACAGAAAACUAAGAUACACUGGGUUGUACUGGAUGUGUCUGAAAUUAGUGUUAACGAGUGUGGUGCUGGACUUGGGCAACACCUCCCUCCAGUGCAGCCAGCGUCGGGGGCACCGAAGCACUUCCGGUGACUGCCUGUAGGGGCAGCGUUGGCAGGAGUGAGGCGGUUUGGAAACUCCAAGGGAAGCAAUAUUAAGAGGCCAGAGCUGGUACUUGCCUUAGAAACUGUUAUAAGCUUUGUUGGCUAUGUUUUUGAUCUUUGCAAUAAUUAUUUUCUGUAUAACAGAGUGCCUCUCUGUUAAUUUUGGCUUAUGUUGUUAGAAACAUGAUCAUACCUUGUGCAUUUAGAAUAAGUUUCUGCCCAUCUGCACACUGAAAAAUUUUAGGGUGUUACAACCUCUGAAGUGCUACAGAGAAACACUGCUUAGAGAAAAGGAAGGUGCAAGUGUGUUUAUGCUGGUGCAUACGCAUGCGUGGCAGCCAGGAGCUGGCCCCGUAGAGCCGCCGCCACCCGCUCUCUGCCUGUCAUACUUCGAGAGUUCCAGCUGGCCCGCAGGGAGGCCAAUAGCUGCUUUGGAGUGCUGGCUGUAGGAUCAAGCCAAUUCUUACGCAACUGACUCAGUCCUUAACAGCCAUUUCUAAUACAUUUUUUUUUUGUGGGGGGAGGGCGUGGGUGUUGGGAUGGGGGUGAAUUUGAAGGUUCAAAUUUAAACUAGAAAUAAGGUGAUAUGGUCUGCUUGCUGUCUAUUAAGACCAGUUGGAUUUACUCGGAGGCCAGGCCAGAGAGUGUGAUAAUCAUAAUCGGUGACUUCGUGCAGACAAGCGUUUAUCCAGGUUGCAUUAUCCAGACUGGUUUGUUAAAGUCCCAGGUCACAUUCUUACACUACGAAAAACAUUCAGUAAACAUGACACGAGUUUAGGAAAAAUUAAUAAAAGAAACCUGUCUUACA